AUGGGCAGAGUAGACCUGGCAGUGAUCUUUUAUGGGACAUCCACAUAUGCCUGGGGAACACGCGUCCAGGACCGCUGCGUCAAGGCUGCUGAGGUUACCCAGGACAUUGUUUUGGGGCUCUCUGCCAGAACCCUGGCCUGUCAUCUGCUGCGUCUUGGCUGCUUCACUACUCCCUUGCACGCCCUGUUCUGGUGUUCCCAAGACUGCCUCCCAGAUGAGGUAGCAUCACAAAGGCUCCAGCCUAAGGAUGCCUCUUGCAGCCUGCCACCCCCAGGGUGCCUCCUUGAACUGCCUUCUCCCAUGGAGUGUAUUGGACAUGGAGGAGAGCAGUGGCCUGAGUCUGAUGGAGCAGAAGAGGAGGAGAAGGAGGCAGAGCUGAUAGGAGUCUGGCCUGCAUCAGUCUGCUCAGAGUUCAAAGGGAGACCCUUGAUGGCAGCUGGGAGCCCAGACCAAGGCCACCAUCGGACCAUCCUGAAAGUCCCCCCAUUUCCUCGUCCUGAUUCUGGAUAUGCUCAGGGCGGCCUGACCACAGGCUGUGCCUCUAAGAGCCCUGGAUCGUUGUCGAGAUGCCUGGCUUACCUGACAUCUUUUCCAUCUCCCUCUGUGUGGCAGGAUCAAGCCGAGCAGCUUUUCAAGAGUGGACACACGAACAACUGGGCAGUGCUGGUCUGUACUUCAAGAUUCUGGUUCAAUUAUCGACAUGUGGCCAAUACUCUCUCUGUUUAUAGAAGUGUCAAGAGACUCGGGAUUCCUGACAGCCACAUUGUCCUGAUGCUUGCUGAUGACAUGGCGUGUAACCCCAGAAAUCCUAAGCCAGCGACCGUGUUCAGUCACAAAAACAUGGAACUGAAUGUUUAUGGAGAUGACGUGGAGGUCGAUUACAGAAGCUAUGAGGUGACUGUGGAGAAUUUUUUGCGUGUGUUAACGGGAAGAGUCCCACCUAGCGCUCCUCGAUCCAAACGUCUUCUUUCUGAUGAUAGAAGCAAUGUUCUGAUAUACAUGACGGGCCAUGGUGGGAACGGCUUCUUGAAAUUCCAGGACUCUGAAGAAAUCACCAAUGUUGAACUUGCUGAUGCAUUUGAACAGAUGUGGCAGAAGAGACGCUACCACGAGAUGCUGUUUAUUAUCGAUACUUGUCAAGGGGCAUCCAUGUAUGAGCGCUUCUAUUCCCCCAACGUCAUGGCGCUCGCCAGUAGCCAAGUAGGAGAAGACUCCCUUUCACAUCAGCCCGACCUUGCCAUUGGAGUCCACCUGAUGGAUAGAUACACAUUUUAUGUCUUGGAAUUUUUAGAAGAAAUUCAUCCGGCAAGCCAAGCCAACAUGAACGAUCUCUUUCAGGUGUGUCCCAAAAGUUUGUGUGUUUCGACUCCUGGACAUCGGACAGAUCUUUUUCAGAGAAAUCCUCAAAAUGUGUUAAUAACGGAUUUCUUUGGAAGCGUGAGGAAGGUGGAGCUCACCACAGAGACGGUUUCUCUGAAACCUGAUUUAAGCUCAAUGGGAUACAGUCACCUCAAAUGCCAUGAGGAUGAAGAGCUAGCAGAACCACUUAGUUACGCUGCGCAGCUUCCUGUGGCUCAGAUAAUUCACCAGAAACCCAAGCCAAAGGAGUGGCACCCGCCGGGAGGCUUCAUCCUGGGGCUUUGGGCCCUCAUCCUCAUGGUCUUCUUCAAGACAUACGGCAUCAAGCACAUGAAGUACGUGUUUUAGAGGGGCGGCCAGGGCUCUCGGUGCGGAGAGGACGAACCACGUGCGUCUUGGGGCUGGUAUCGCUCCAGAGCGUCAGACAGAGGGUGAGGAGGCCUGGGGAGCCUGCGCUUUGACGGGGUUUCUUUGUUGUAAUACAGUGUCAUACUUGAAACAUGUUCUGCUGUUAAAGGAUUUUUCAUUUUCUAUGUUAAAUGUGGGUGAGUGAAUCACGUCUUGGUUGAUAAUUUAAACUGUUAACUCUGCAAUGUGAAUACUUGAAUCUAUUAAUAAAUGUGAAAAGCAGCC